AUGGGAGAAAGGUGGAGGGGAACCCAGAACCAACUCCUAGCCUUCUCUUCACUAGCUAAUACAUUUGUUCAAUCUGUACUAGCAAGUCACUCCUCGAGCCCUAGGAAGACCACCUGCAAUUUUGUGUGUGACUUCUGGGACUGCUCUGAUGAAAGUCAGUGUGGUUACCACCAAGAGUACUCUUCCCUGCAUUCUCCUUUCGCCUGCGACUUUGAGGAAGACACCUGUGGCUGGCAGGACAUCAGUACUUCUGGCUACCGCUGGCUCCGGGACCAAGCAGGGUCGACCUUCGGGAGUCCAGAACUCCGCUCAGACCACACAUUUGGCACCGACUUGGGCUGGUUUAUGGUUGUCGGUACCCACCAAGGAAAGGAACCAGCCACAGCCAUCUUGCGCUCCCCUGUCCUCCAUGAGGCAGCCCCUACCUGUGAAAUAAGGCUCCGGUACCAUGGAAAUAUCCAAGAUGUGGUGAAUCUUCAAAUAGAGCUAACGCACAACUCAGAGACGCUCAUGUUGUGGCAAAGCUUAGGGCGUGUGGGAGGAAGUGGCUGGCAAGAGCUGGUGGUGACCACGGGCCGCAUUCAGGGAGAUUUCUGGAUCACCAUCUCUGCCACACGAAAUGCCACACACAGGGGAGCUAUGGCCCUGGAUGACAUGGAAUUCUGGAACUGCGGUCUCCCCUCCCCUCAGAGCAGCUGUACCAGUUCCCAACAGCACUGCAACAACUAUGCCUGUGUGGCAUUAACUCAGCUGUGCGACGGAGAGGAUAACUGUGGGGACGCCUCCGAUGAAAACCAAGUCUCCUGCAGCAAGGGUGACAGUGGGAAGGGCACGGCAGGGGAUGGCGAGGGGAGGACAGUGGUUAACCAUAAAAUAACAGACUUUGAGAAUGGUCUGGGAGAGUGGGAAAACACUACAGGGUGGGUGAUAACCCGAGGUUCCGAAGCCUCUGUAGCCUCAGCCGAGCCAGUCCGAGACCACAGCAAGAACAGUGCCUCAGGAAACCUCAUCUGCCUUCUAACUCCCUCUCCACUUUUUCACACCUCUGCUCCAGGAUCUUUCCUACUCACCAAGGCUGAUCAGGGAACUCCUGCUGUCUUGGUGAGCCCAGGGUUCCAUCCUUCAACUACCAACAGCUGUGUGUUUACCUUCUAUUACUACCUGCAUGGUUCUGAGGCUGGAAGCCUACAGCUGUUCCUGCAGAGCCAGGACCCUGAGUCACACCAGAUGAAUCUCAUACGGACUCGCCAAGGGGACCUGGGGGCUGCCUGGGUCCGGGACAAAGUCACCCUCUACAGCAAGAAUCCCUUCUGGAUCCUCCUGAAGGGAGAAACCGGGCCUGGAGGGGUCGUGGGCCUUGAUGAUCUGAUCCUAAACCAACAUUGCAAACAAGUGUCCAAGGUUGAAGACAUACGUCCCCCAGCCACCUCUGCCCCUGACAUGCCCCAGCACCACCAAGGCACCAAAACUGGCCCAAGGACUCCUGCUGACAUCUUCUGUGAACCUGGUCAGUUCUCCUGUGGGGAACUGUGCCUCUCUCCGGAGCAGCUGUGUGACUUUGUGCCCCAGUGUGCAGGGGGUGUGGAUGAAGAGAACUGUGGUGGAACAAAUUUUGAGUCAGGCCCUGGGGGCUGGAGGGAUGCCAGCGUGGGUUCUCUCCAGUGGCAGAGGAUCCGUGCUCAGGACAGCUCUGACCCCAAGACCGAUGCUCUGGGGAAUGAAGCUGGAUAUUUUCUGUCAGUGCAGAGGGCCUGGGGGCAGCUGAUGGGGGUAGCCAGGGUGCGGACCCCUGUUCUAGGUCCAUCUGGCCCAGGCUGUACUCUCAAGAUGGCCUAUUACCUCCAGGGAAACCCACAAGGGAUCCUGUCACUCGGUGUGAUAGAGGAUGGCACCCAUAAGUUGGCCUGGAGCAUUCAGAGAAAUAGCAAUGCUACAUGGACAUGGGUGACAGUGCCACUUGGAGAAAGGAUGAGGCCUUUCCAGCUGGAGCUCCUGGGGCUGGUGGUUUUCAGUGCCCCAGGGACCAAAGGGAUCGCAGUAGAUGAAAUUACCUUUGUGAACUGCAACCCCACUGUGACCACAGAGAAAGACACAGAACUCUCAUGCAACUUUGAACGGGACUCCUGCGGCUGGUAUCCUGAGCACAAAACCGAUGCCCUGUGGCGAAGGACCUCGGUGCAGGGCCCGGGCUAUGACCACACCACCAGCCAAGGCCACUUCAUGUAUUUGGACCCGACGUCCCCUCCCGCCCGAGGAAUGGGGGCCCGCCUCCUCACGGCUCCCCAGGUUUCCCCGGCUCACAACGAAUGUCUCUCCUUCUGGUACCACCUCUAUGGGCCCCAAAUUGGAACGCUGAGCCUGACUCUAAGACGAACUGGAGAGGCUGAUACGCACUUGUGGGCACGCACAGGCACUCAUGGCAACCGGUGGCACCAGGCCUGGGCCACCCUCUCCCACCCUUCAGACUCCUCCGAAAAGUACCAGCUGGCAUUUGAGGCUCACAGGAAUGGGUACCAUGGCAACAUUGCAGUAGAUGACAUUACUGUGCGGCCGGGUCCCUGCUGGGCUCCUCGACGCUGUUCCUUUGAAAACUCAGACUGUGGAUUCUUAUCUAGUGGGCAGGGAGCCUGGCAACGACGGGGCAAUGCCACGGGCAGCACCAUAAAGGGCCCACGUGCAGACCACACCACAGAGACCCGUGAAGGACACUACAUGAUAGUGGACACAAGUCCAAGUGCCCUGCCCCAGGGCCAGACAGCCUUACUGACCUCUGAAGAAUACUCACCCCUGGCCCAGCCUGGAUGCUUAACUUUCUGGUAUCAUCUGAGCCUCCAGAAUCCAGGCACGUUCCGGGUCCAUGUGGAUGAGGGGAAGAGACGCCAGGUAUUCAGCGUGAAUGCCCCUGGUGGUUUCGCCUGGCGCUUGGGCAGUGUGGAUGUCCAGCCUGAAAAAGCGUGGAAGGUGGUAUUUGAAGCAGUUGGAGCUGGGGUGGAGCACACGUACAUGGCUGUGGAUGAUCUGUAUCUGAAGGACGGCCUAUGUCCUCAGCCAGGAUCCUGUGACUUUGAAUCGGACAUGUGCAGCUGGAGUCACACGGCCUGGCCAGGCCUGGGUGGCUACAGCUGGGACUGGAGUAGUGGGGCCAUCCCCUCCAGGUACCCCCAGCCUUCCGUGGACCACACGCUGGGCACUGAAACUGGUCACUUUGCCUUCUUCGACACCAGUGUUCUGGGCCCUGGGGGUCGGGCAGCCUGGCUUCAAAGUGAGCCUCUGCCUCCCACUCCCACGGGCGGUUCCUGUCUUCGGUUCUGGUACUACAUGGGCUUUCCGGAGCAUUUCUACAAGGGUGAGCUGAAAGUCCUCCUACUUAGCUCUCAGGGCCUGCUGAUUUUGUGGGGCACGGAGGCAUAUCUGCGCCAACAGUGGCUCGAAGGACAUGUCCAGGUGACGAGCCCGGUGGAAUUUCAGAUUAUAUUUGAGGCCACCCUGGGGGGCCAGCCUGUCCUGGGCCCCAUUGCGCUGGAUGACAUCGUGUACCAGGCAGGGCGGAGCUGUGAGCCACCUGUGCCCACUAGAGGUGAGCUGCUGUGGGGAUCCGGGCUGGUGCCCCAAGCCCAAAUGCCUGGUGGUAUAUGGCCUGGUGCUGUGACUGCAGCAGGCCUAUUUGGGUCUAUAAGGAGACAGCACCCUGCUCCGCGCAGCUCCCUCUCCCUUUCUGUUCUCCUGUCACAGAGGCCCGGGGGAGAUGAAGUGCUCAGACACGGUACACUAGCCAUCUUUAAAAGGGCUACUAUGUAUUUGCACGUGUGGGGAGGGUUGGGCAGAGAGGACUCCAAAUCUGCCACCAUCCCUGUGGUGACGGUCACGCUCUUGGCUGCUCUUCUCCUGGGGCUGCUGGCCUUUGGCAUGUGGCGCCGGAUGAAGAAAGGAGAUCACCCAUUCAAGAAGCAGGAGGAGACCACCGCCGCAUCUGGCUUUGAUAAUGUCGUUUUCAACUCGGAUCAUGUCACCCUGCCCCCAAUAACAGGUGAUCAGACUACCACCCCAGAUGCAGUUCAAGACAUUUGA